CAAGAAAAAUAUCUCCCCAAAACAGGCCGAGCUACCCAAUGUAGCUGUAAAGUCCUGCUCCUAGGGCCAACAGGCUAAUCUCCGAACACCGCUAGCCUUACAUCAUUCGUUCGAAAAACCUAGUCGGCGUAGGUGUAAACCCCUUGCCCUGGCGUUAGCUGAAGGGUUGCAUAUACUCUCCCCGGGUACUUACGUUAGUUGCUGCAUACUGACGUGCAUACAAGCUGGGAGGCUAUAAGACAGUGGUCGCCGUUGUCGUGAUUCAAAUCCUUUUCCUCGCUAUCACAUCGACCUCCUCGCACAACGGCUACUAUUGGACAGCCAUUCGUUUUAAUACAACCGCACAUUCGUUUCUAGAAAACAGUCGCCAAGAUGGUUGCUAUUCGUUGGACUCUGGGCGCAAUUGUUGCUGCCACUGCUGUCUCGGCCUCUACGGACGAACUUCAGUUCAUUUCCCGUCUUCUCAAGCGUCAGGAGCCCGGCUCACCUGCCUACAAUUGCCACGACAACUGCGGCCAGGCUAUCAUCGAGGGUCGGAACAGCGCCGACGCGUGCCAUGACGACAUCUUCUUGACAGACUACAAGGUGUGCCUGCAAUGUGCUGGACCCGACAACCAGGACAUCUGGCAGUACUAUGGCACCACUUUGACUAAGGAUGCCAGUCCUUGCGGUCUUUCUACCACGCCUCUCUCUGGAAAGCAACCGGAUGCUGGCGCUGCGAUUCCGGCUAAGACGUCGUCGGGUUCAUCGAGCUCGUCGCAGGCAACUCCUACUGCCAGUUCGUCCAAGACUGAAGCAUCCCCGACUGAGACUGCCCCAACUGAGUCUGUAACCAGUACCGAAGCCCCGGGGGCUACCGAGUCGCAGUCAGGAGGAGCAGGUGGCGCCUCUACCACAGCGGAAGUAACCUCGUCUGCUAGUGGUGAGACAUCUGCACCAGGCGCCACCGAGUCUCACACCGGUUACGGUAGCGCGCCAGCCACUGAGUCCACUUCGGCUACGGGCGCUUCAAAGACAAUUUCUACCCACGCUCCCCAAGGAACUGGCAAUGGGAGCGGAAGCGGGAAUGGAACAGCUACUACUUCUUCUGGAUACGUGGUGGUUACUAAUGCAGCUAAUGCCGUCCCUGGCAGCCACGUGGGAUUUUACGGUGCUCUCGCACUUGGCGCCCUCUACGCCGCGGCGCAGUAGACGUGGAUCCUAACUUAAUUCAGAUAUACCAACAGGAUAGGUUGCUGUGCCUUACGUAUUGUAUUGAUAUAAGAUAUAAUUAGAUAAUCAUGAAAACCAAUAAAGUCGACGCGUUUCUGUUAUACGAUCGUAUGUCCGUUCUGUUUAGCAUUUGAUGCAAGUGAAAGGGAUGGAGACUGGAAACUUAUGCCAACGGGAAGUGCUGACUGGCCCUAAAAUCCGGCUCUUCUCAUCACUUACUAGGGUUUGGGGUGGUUAGUCUUAUGCACGUUACUUUCCCCCCCAGCGACUUCUC